UAGAUUCCUGCUCAGCGGGGGGAGGAGAGAGAGAGAAAGAGACCACAGAGGAAAGCAGGAAGGCGAGAGAAAACAACAAGAGCAGAGGAGAGAGAAAUGACUUCGGUAGGGGGAAGGAUGCCGACAUGGAAGGAGAGAGAAAACAACAAGAGGAGAGAGAGAAGGCGAAGGGCUAUCGCGGCCAAGAUCUUCUCCGGGUUGAGAAAUCUCGGCAACUAUCAGCUCCCCAAGCACUGCGACAACAACGAGGUCCUCAAAGCCCUCUGCGCGGAGGCUGGUUGGAUCGUCGAGGAGGACGGCACCACUUAUCGCAAGGAAUGCAAGCCACCUCUACCACCAACUGCAGGUGCAAUAAGAACCCCAUCCACCAAAAUAAGCUCAUGUUCUUCAUCACAUCACCUUAGCCCUCUGUCCUCGUCCUUCCCCAGCCCUGUGCCUUCCUAUCAUGCCAGUCCAGCAUCUUCUUCCUUCCCCAGUCCUUCCAGGCUUGAGAAUUACACUACUCCAAGCAUCAAUCCCUCUCAUCUCCUCCCUUUUCUUCGAAACCUCUCCUCUCUCCCGCCCCUUCGCAUAUCCAACAGCGCUCCGGUGACUCCUCCUCUCUCCUCCCCAACCUCUUCCAGGCCAUUGAAGCUCAAGAGGCUGAACUGGGAUUAUGCCACCCAUUAUCACCCUAUGUUUGCUGCUUCUGCCCCAGCCAGUCCGACUAGAGGCCAUCAUCAACCUCACCCAGCUACAAUACCAGAAUGUGGCGAGUCUGAUGCUUCGACCAUCGAUUCCAGCCAAUGGGUCAGCUUCCAAAAUACGGCUCCGGGGUCGCCGACAUUCAACCUGAUAAACACGGCGGCCUCAGUGGAAGUGAGUGCUGUGGGUGGAGUAGGCAUGGCAGAGUUUGAAUUUGGGAGCCCAACGGUCAAGCCGUGGGAGGGGGAGAGGAUUCAUGAGAUUGGUACUGAGGAUCUGGAGCUCACAUUGAGUCUCGGAAACACUGGAAGCAAAUGAAUGCUUGUUAUAUAUGUAAAUUUCUGAUCUGAAAGGAUUGGUCACAGUUCCAAAUUCAUUUUUUUACUCUUUGGAAUGGACUUCUAAUUCUUUCAUUUCUUUGAGCUCAAUUCAUUCUUAAUUGAGCCCAGUGUAUGUUCUCAUGUUUAAAUCUCUGUAAAUAAUGGCAGGGAUCAUUACCUUCCUGUUUAAUUCUACCCUUAUGUAUGGAACCAGCUGUUCUACAUGUUGUAAGCUAAAGGUUUGCUAAAUUAAUGGCAGAACUGAUCAGAAUUUGUGGUUCUAAA